AUGAAAUUAUUAUUUACUUUAUUAAUUUUAUCAGUUUUAAAUUAUUUUGUUUAUUCACAGCAAUAUUCUUUAUUUCAUAUAACAGGCCCAGGUUGUAAAGUCAAUGGUGAAAAUAUUUUAAUAGAUCAAUGUACAUUAUCUAUUUGUGGUGGUGCAGGGUCAGCAAUUGAAUAUGACCAAAGUACAUCAAAUUAUUCUAUAAGUCUUUUUAAUGACAAUCAAUGUAUACAAGCAUCAGAUGAAAUGGAAUUCCAAUGUCCAGAUGAUGAAACCAGUACAGAAAUAGGAUCAUAUUAUGUCUCUUGCCACGAUAGUACAUGGGUUCAAGUUAAUUAUGAGGUAUUUACAAUAUAUGGUGAUGGAUGUGACUCAAAUGGAGAUUCUAUUUUUUUAAAUCAAUGUGGUUUGUUAUGUGGUUCUUAUUCAAUAGUCAAAAAAGAUUAUAACACAGGAAACUAUAAUAUCAAAUUAUCAUACACCUCUGACUGUUUACAAAUAUCUGACCAAUUAGAAUUUGCAUGUUUAGAAAAUGGUGAUGCCGCUAAAGUUGGGGAUUAUGGUAUUAUUUGUGGUGAUGCAUCAUCUUCAUCUUCUUCAUCAUCUUCAUCAUCCUCAUCAUCCUCAUCAUCCGAUUCACCAGUUAAUCCAGUUUACACUUUUUUCACUGUUUAUGGUCAAAGUUGCCCAGCUUCAGGAGACACAUUAGAAAUUUACCAAUGUGGUAGUAUUUGUGGUGAUUAUGCUCAAGUUACACUCAAUGAUUCAUUAUCAAAUACCUAUAAUUUUGCUUUGGCUACUAAUUCAGAUUGUGAUUAUUACUCUGACGAAGCCCAAAUAGGAUGUUUAGAGAAUCAAGUGAUACCACUUGGUGAUUAUAGUGUACUUUGCCAUAAUUAA